AAAAGAACACACAAAAGUAAAUCUCCAAUUAUAUCUGACGUUAGGUAUGUACACCCCACAGUGUCGCCGUAGCGAAAAAAGUUACACUUUUAUUUUUUUUCGGUGAAUUUCGAAGUAAAAGACAAUCGUGGUGACAAUUCAAUGAUUUUCGCAAAUAGCUGUUGCGAUCUUUUUGCAAACGAAGUGCGUGUGUAAAAAUACCCAUCGCCUACAGAACAGUGACUUCACGUAUCAAACAUUUAUGACGCCUGAUGUACGGACAUACGACUCUCAUGUAACGAUCUAUCGAUUUUUUGAACAUGGCCUUACAAUAGGAGAGCAAUAGCUUACACUGGAAAAGAAGAAAGAAGCAGUAGCUGCGUCGCAGGAACAGUGGAUAAUCGUUCGAUGCCACGCUUGAAUAAUGUCGGCCGAACAUCACAGCGGCAAAGGUUACGCGCCUCUACCACAGAGUAUAAGCAACACCGACACAGAGGACGAGGAGGAACGUUUGACUCAACCCAACGAUGUUGCCUACAAGGCCGACAAUAGUACAACAAUAGCGGAAUUGCAUUCAAAUCAUGAGAACGGUGUGUUUUAUCCAUUGGACGAGACGAGAAAUCUGGGAAACAGCGCGAGAAAUAGACAAAGCACAAUCAAAUAUUACAGGGAUGAUAUACCGAUAAUGGUGAUCGAAGGAAAUGAACAAAAUGAUUUUUGGAAAAGGAAAGAUAUGUCACCGAUCAGGCGCUUUUGCUUGUUCGCGUCAAUAUUACUAUGCAUUGUUACGAUAGUCAUCUUUUUGUAUGUAUUACCUUGCGACAGUUCAAUGGUCUGUCCGCCUGUUAUCGAGCCACAAUCUUCGAUAUCCUGGGAUAAGACUUUGCAAGGUGUAGAAAUACAAGGGCCUAUUACCAUAGUACCUGGAUUCCCAUACAAUCUGAUAUUUCUUCUUCGUGGCGAACAAAAAAGGAACGAUACAAAGGAUGGGAGGAUACAUCAAAGACAAGUACCGCCAGAAGGAGGAGGAGUCAUGUCAAUGCAAGGGAGUAGCGGAUUGCCGUUAUGGCUGGUUCCAUUAAAAAGAUUACCCAUCAUCAUAGAUUGUACCAGUAUCGACAUAGAUCGAUCUGGGAAGCCUGAUUGUAUUGUUGCUGGUGAACAAGGCCUACUUGUUAGCAUAGAACCGAUCGCUGGGACGAUUCAUUGGAGCUCAUCAACUCAUACAUUUCCCAAAUUGCCAGUCAUCCUACCAGACAUUGAUGCGGACGAUAUCGAAGACUUGUUGAGUGUAUCGGUGGAUAAUGCUAAUGUGUCAUCUCUCGUUCUUUUAUCAGGCAAGACUGGCCAAUUGCUGGGACGUUAUUUAGUCAAUAACUGCACCUCUAUCGAUAUAUAUAAUCUUGUCUCUAACGGCAGCAUAUCCUACAGCUGUUACGAUGACAACGCAAAGCAUUCGAUGAAAUUCAUGUCCCUAAAAGGUUUACUCCACGGUGUCACGAAAACAUCGCAAGUGCAUAAAAAACUCUCAAUCAGAUUGACAGCGGCAUCGCCACGGCUUUUCGAGAUAGUUAAAGUAUCCGACGAAGAAUAUGUUUGGAAGCCUACGCCUUAUCACCAUUUGACUAUAGAGAACGAAGGGGUAUGUCCGGGGCAACUUUGCCGAGCUAACGUUAAUUUAACUUUGCAAAAGUUGACGAGCGAACCGAUCACCAUUUGGGAUCACGUGAGUUCGAACGCGUUCGCAUCGAAGCCGGCGUUCUUGGUGACUUCAGAUAAACCUUACACUUCCGGGUUUGUCAUUAAGUUCUGGCAAUGGAUGGACCCUUCAUCCAAUCAUGUGGAAAAAGCGUCCGUUAUGGAGCAGGGACUUGUAGAAAGGGUCUUGAUAGUCUUCGUGAAUUACACGGAUGUACAAGCUAUUAAUGCUAGUCAAAGUGAUAUCACGCAAUUGUGCCAUGGUCCUAACUGUCAGCCGGAUCUAAAUUCGCGGAAACAGUUCAGUUCCAUCGCCGUUAAGUAUAUCGACAACGAUGAAUUUCCCGAAUUGAUAAGCUACUGGUCCUCGUAUGACGUAGACUCAACGAAAGGCUUGACAUCGAAAGUACAAGUUAUCAAGAUGGAUUCCGUGUUGUCUAAUUUGUUACACGGAAACGUUUAAACUUGAUCAAACGGUUUUCACUUAUGCCUCACGUUUAACGACACGAUUGCGCUUGCAUUUUGUUAAUUCAUUUAAAGUGAUAUCUUUACACAUCGAGAUCAGAUUUAUCCCACACAUACAAAUAGAAUCAUUCUAAUCUCUUCUGGUUUUAUUUGUAUUUUUUUUUUCUUUUUUUACUACACUGAUCAGCGGCUGUGUACAGAAAACAAUAGUUCUAAAACCGUUAAAUAUUUGCCUGUGAUUGAUACAUACGUUUAAAUUUAUCAGUCUAAUCUAUUUUUCAAAAAGCUAGUUUUUCAACCAUUGUUACAAAUCUUCUGAAGGCAGCCAGUGACUUCUAAAAUUCGAUGUGGUGCAUUCGGUAGCCAAGAUUAUAUCGUACUUGCAAAAGGAUUCAUACCAGCAAACUAUUUCACUAUUAAUUAUAAAAAAAAAAUUAUGUUUUCUGGUUAUACUCUAAAUGGUGCCUUGAAUCAAGUUGUAUAUACUUAUCGUGCAUAUUAUAUCAUCCAAAUAUAGAGUGCAAGGAAAAUUCACGUUUGUUCAGAACAUAUUUAUUUAUAAACAAGUAAAGUGUGUUUAGUAGUGUUCGUUCAGAAUAUACUUGUUUAUAAGCAGAUAUGUUUUUCAUAAGUUUAAAAACAUUGUGUAGAAGGAUUCGCAUUUUCGCCUAAACAUUUGAAGCUUCUUGCAAUGCCUAUUCAUUUUUUGAGAAAUUUAAAUUUCCCGCAACAAGUGCAAAUAUUACUUAAAUAUUAUACUUAAAAAUAUUACCUAAUUACAUUAAGUGCAAAUAUUACUUAAAAAUUACUUAAAUAUGUGUAUUUUCUACACGUAUACAAUAUCGCAGUAUUAUGAGUUUAAAAUAGUUAAUGAAAAUCUCAUUCUAGUCAUGUAAAAGUAUUAUCUUAAUUCGACGAGCUUUGAAUUAGGUCUUACCGAUUAAGUUACUGACCGAUUAUUCGGUAAAUUAUCGAAAAACUAUUGGUUGACUCUAUAAGAAGGCUAUUGCGAUUGAAAAAUAAUUAUAUAUAUAUAUAUAAUUAUUUUAGUUGCUAUACCAAAUGCAUACAUACUAGCGAAUUGAAAGUAUCGAUAUUUUAUGUAGUUAUGAAUUUGAAGGAACAUUUGACGAAGGUCCAAUAAUGCUGAUAGGAAAAUUUGAUGAUCAAACCUUUGAAUGUUAAAAUAGUCAUAGCUGCGUUGACUUUUUUCAAGUGCUUAGGCCUCUCACUUGGAAUAUAUAUUAUAUUAAACCUGAUAAAGUCGAACGUUUACAGAACACGUCGAAACACAUAUGCGUUCGUGUAGUACUGAAACAAAAUUAUUAUAGUAACUAAUGACAGUAGCGUGCAAAAGAAAUGUAAGAAAUAUUGUAAAAUUACUCUCGACUUUAUCUUGUACAAAAUAAAAAAACUUU